CUUAUAAUAGACAGCCUUUCUCUGAUAUUUCGAGAAAUCAGGAUAUGUAUCAAGCUCUCUGAUCAAGAGGACUUUGUAUAUGAAUAUUUAGAAAAUGUUUCUGAAGAGAUGUUCUCCCCAAGGAAUUUUUUUAAUUUGGUUACUGAAACUAUUUCAGUUUUCCGAGAAGUAAAUAAUACACACUUUGAUGAUAUAUGUAUGGUACCUACAAGUGACCCUAGAGCAGGAGACUCAGUUACAAAAGGAAGCAUACAGUAUGCUUCAAGUAAAUUAAGAAAUGGCAGCAUAUCUGGAUAUACAGACCAAACUGAACUUGGCAGCAGCAGUUCAUCCUUACCAUGGACUAGCAUAGCAUCUAUAGCAAUCGCCUGUACGGUUGCUGGAUUUUUUCUUGGUGUAAUGUGCUGGAAGUUAAAACACCAAAGAAGAGCAAAUAAUGAAGUAUCUGAAAUGCACACUGAUCAAAAAGACACUAACGAAUUAAAUAACAUGCUACAUCAGACAGCAAAAGAAGUUUCCAUAAUUUAG